AUGGCCAUCCCCCACUUUUACAUGUGCCCAAUAAGCCUGGACUUGCUCAAUGAUCCAGUGACUCUAUCCACUGGCCAAACAUACGAGAGGUCUAGCAUAGAAAGAUGGCUUGCCACUGGUAAUUUAAUUUGCCCUGUUACAAUGCAGAAGCUUCAUGAUCCGUUGAUGGUUCCGAAUCACACUCUUCGACACUUGAUUCACCAAUGGCUUCAAAAAGGUCACACAGAUGAGUUGAGUAUGGACGCUUCCCAACUCUCCUUGGUCUCAUUCAGCCAGAAGAUGGAGUCACACCAAGUCAGUUUGGAAAAUAAGCUUGACUUGCUGUCAGAAAUCGAAAAGCUGUCCCAGGAACAUCCUGACAAGAUCUACCGUUCGAUCCAGUUAGGCCUCUUCUCAUUACUUCUAGAACUAGUUUUUGGAAAAGUGGAGGAGAAUUUGAAGUUUGUGGAGAAAACACUUGUAUGUGCUAUCAAGUUGUUACCAUUUAGCAAUACAAGAUCACUCAAAAUUCUCCAAGAAGAGUCUAAUUUAGCGCGGCUCGUGCUACUUUUUAAUCAGGGCAAUCUUGUCAUCAAGAAGAGCUUGUGCCAGCUGCUAGUGGAGGCACUCUCAUCAUCUUUGGAUACGAAAGACUUGUGCAUAGCACUUGGGGAAGAACAACCACUUCUAGGAGAAAUAGUCAAUUACGUGUUUCAUGACAACGACGAUGCCUCUGAAGCUGGGAUCAAAUCAAUAUCAGCAUUGUGUUCUCAUGAAUCAAAUAAAGUGAGUGCAGUACGUGUUGGCGUGAUUCAAGGACUUGUAACGUACAUUUCAAGGCCAAAAAGGCACGAGAAAUCUAUGGUAUCAAAGGCAAUGGCAACAAUUGAAGAUUUGUUAGCACUAGAAAGUGCAAAAUGGGAACUACUGAAUGAUCCCAAUGGUGUCAAAGCUCUUGUUAAGAUGGUAUUUCGCAUGUCAGAGAAUGGAAAUUGUGAGAGUGCUGUUAAUUCACUAAUGAUCCUUUGUUGUGAUUCGUUCCGGGCUCGUGAAGAUGCUAUCUGUGCUGGAGUUUUGAGUCAGUUGCUGCUGCUUCUGCAGAGCCAAUGCGGUGACAGGACAAAAACAAAUGCGACAAUUCUGCUCAAGUUACUAACAUCAUACAUGUAA